AUGUUGAAGGCUAACCAUAGACAAUUACAUCAAGCCACAAAGACUUUUAUUCGUCAUGCUUCUUACAACCAAUUGCAGUUCGGUAUCGAAGGGAGAGCUGCAUUAUUGAAAGGUGUUAAUACUUUGGCUGAUGCUGUUUCCGUUACCUUGGGACCUAAAGGUAGAAAUGUUUUGAUUGAACAACAAUUCGGUGCUCCAAAAAUUACCAAGGAUGGUGUCACAGUUGCAAAAUCCAUCACUUUGCAAGACAAGUUUGAAAAUUUAGGGGCUAAAUUGUUGCAAGAAGUUGCUUCCAAAACAAAUGAAAGUGCUGGUGACGGUACAACAUCUGCUACGGUUUUGGGAAGAUCAAUCUUCACUGAGUCAGUUAGAAACGUUGCUGCAGGAUGUAAUCCAAUGGAUUUGAGAAGAGGUUCACAAGCCGCAGUUGAUGCUGUUGUUGACUUUUUGCAAAAGAACAAAAAGGAAAUCACCACAGCUGAAGAAAUUGCCCAAGUGGCCACAAUUUCUGCCAAUGGUGAUAAAGCUAUUGGUGAUUUGAUUGCAUCUGCCAUGGAAAAGGUUGGUAAAGAAGGUGUCAUCACCAUCAAAGAAGGUAAAACAUUGGAAGAUGAAUUGGAAGUAACCGAAGGUAUGAAGUUUGACCGUGGUUACAUUUCCCCAUACUUUAUUACAAACACAAAAACUGGAAAAGUUGAGUUUGAAAAUCCAUUAGUUUUAUUAUCGGAGAAGAAAAUCUCUAGUAUUCAAGAUAUUCUACCAUCUUUGGAAAUCUCCAACCAAACUAGAAGACCAUUGUUGAUUAUUGCUGAAGACAUCGAUGGAGAAGCUUUAGCUGCUUGUAUUUUGAACAAAUUGAGAGGUCAAGUGCAAGUUUGUGCCGUUAAAGCUCCAGGAUUCGGUGAUAACAGGAAAAACACCUUGGGUGAUAUUGCCAUUCUCACUGGUGGUACCGUAUUUACCGAAGAAUUGGAUAUCAAGCCAGAAAAUGCCACCAUUGACUUGCUUGGUAAGGCUGGUUCAAUCACUGUCACUAAAGAAGAUACUGUUGUACUUAAUGGUGAAGGAGCCAAGGAAAACAUUGAACAAAGAGUAGAGCAAAUAAAAUCCGUUAUUGAUGAUUCACAAACCACUGAAUACGAAAGAGAAAAAUUGCAAGAGCGUUUGGCCAAAUUGUCUGGAGGUGUAGCUGUUAUUAGAGUUGGUGGAUCAUCUGAAGUUGAAGUUGGUGAGAAAAAGGAUAGAUAUGAUGAUGCACUUAAUGCUACCAGAGCUGCUGUCGAAGAGGGUAUUUUACCAGGUGGUGGUACUGCUUUAAUCAAAGCAGUUCCAGUAUUGGAAGAUUUGAAAUCAAAGAGUUACAUUUUUGAUCAAAAAUUGGGUAUUCAAAUUAUUCAAAGAGCAAUUACUCAACCAUGUAAGCAGAUUAUGGACAAUAGUGGUGUACAAUCUGAAGUUAUUGUUUCAAAAGUUGAAGAGAAUCCCGAAUUUACGUGGGGUUACAAUGCUGCCACAAACGAAUAUGGUAACUUGAUUCAACAAGGAAUCAUUGAUCCAUUUAGAGUCGUCAAGAGUGGGUUGACUGAUGCCGUUGGUGUUGCAUCUCUUUUGGCCACUACUGAGUGCGUUAUUGCACAAGCUGGAAAAGAUGAACCAGCUGCUCCAGGAGGAGCCCCACCAAUGUUCUAA